AUGGGCCAAUUGGAAGCUGCUAUUACCACGGCAAGGAGUUCACUUGCUGAAAACAAUGCCAAAGACGCUUUAAAGGUUCUUAAACCGUUCAAGAAGUCUCUAAAGAGCACAAAUUCGUCAAACGUUGAGUUGCAUCAAAUUUUCGCAGACAUCUACUUAGAUGACGGUCAACUGGAUAAGGCAUACCCACUUCUUGUUAGAGCCUGUGAACUUGAUCCAGAAGGCAAGGUCGGAGGCAGUGACAAAUUCUUUACCUUAGGUCAGAUUGCUGGAGGUGAGGACGGUAUUUCUCUUUUGAUGCAAGGGAUCGAGAUCGUGUCUUCUAACGCUGGCGAUCUAUUGAAACAGGAUCAAGCUGACAAAAUUGUAAGCGGGCUUUUGUCCAUGAUCGAAAUUUGGAUGACUGAUUUGUGUAUGGAAGCCAAUGCAGAAACUCAGUGCGAAGAGCUGAUUGCCAAAGCCAUGGAAGUAUCUGAAAGCCAAUCUCCAGAAGCCUGGGCUAUGUUAGGCUCUAUCAGAAUAUCUCAACAGCGUUUUGCGGAUGCAGCCGAAGCGUUUACACAAUCAUGGCGGUUCUUUCGGGACAAAAAGAUGUCAAUUGAAAACUCGGCUCAGCAAGAAGCUAGUAAUCUUCACUCAGAAUUUGUGGAAUUGCUACAACCUCUUUUGAAUCUGGCUAAGAUGUGCAUUGAAAUGGGCCUAUACGAGAUCGCUUUGGAAAUCGAAGGUGCCAUCAAAGACAUAGAUGAGGAUAAUUUGGAGGGUAUAUAUCUGGAAGGGUUUACUCAUUAUCUGAUUUGCAAGCUUGAGCUUUUCAAGCACAAAAACCCCAGUUUGCAUUUGAGUCCAGAAAACGUUUACGAGUUCAAUCAACACUUUCAAGAGCUUCCUAUGGAAUUAUCAAACGAUUCUAUUCAGGAGCAUGCAUGCGAGGCACGUUUAAUUCUCUCGUACAUGAUUAAACUUGCCGAGAAUAGUGAUUCUAAAGAUGAAGUAGCGAUGGAAUUGGUAGAAGGUGCCAAAGGACUACUACCUGAAUUGGGAGGUCCUGCUGACAUGGCAGACUUGAUAAAAUUUAGAAAGGGCGAAGAGAUCGGAGACGACGAGGAGAUCGAAUUCGAAGACAAUGACGAGACAUAA